AUGCGUCCACGCAAUAUUCUUAACGCAAUUCUCAUCGCCUGCAUCCCCUCAGUAGACUCGCAUCAUCGCUCUCAACCUAACUUGCACCAACACACCUUGCAUCGCGAUAACAACAUCGCCAUCUCUGACUAUAGAGCACAAGCAAUCAAAGAAGCUUUCGAAUUUGCUUGGAACGGUUACGAAACUCACGCCUUCCCCAACGAUGAAUUACGCCCAACCAACAACAAGUCUGCAAACACCAGAAAUGGCUGGGGGGCAACCGCCGUCGACGCUUUGAGUACAGCCAUCCUGAUGGAGUCGGAGCAUGUUGUUGCAAGUAUUCUCGACUUCAUUCCGACGAUAGAUUUCACCAUCAGCAAAAGCGGAGAAGAGGUCAGCUUGUUCGAGACUACAAUCCGCUACCUCGGAGGCAUGCUCUCGGCCUGUGAUCUUUUGAACGGCCCCUAUCAGCAUCUAGCUACUUCUGAAAACAUCACCAUCGCUCUUGUACAACAAGCUUUCAGGCUGGCAAACAGAAUGAAAUUCGCCUUCGACACACCCACAGGCAUCCCUGCCAACCUCCUCGAUUUCGAUACCAACGGCUUCAACAUGUCUGAUCCGGUCGGUCCUGCUACUGCCGGCACUCUGGUCCUUGAGUGGACUCGUCUGUCAGACAUGCUCAGUGAUCUCUCCUUCGCAAACUUGACCCAACACGCUGAAGAGCAAAUCAUGCACGCCCGAUAUUCAGUCGACGUGGAAGAGCCUUACCCUGGUCUUCUGGGCUCAAAGAUAGACAUCCGUACAGGCAACUUCAUCAACGCGCAGGGCAAUUGGGGUAGCGGUUCUGACUCCUACUACGAAUACCUCAUCAAGAUGUACGUCUAUGAUUCCACAUCUUUUUCUACCUACAAGGACAAAUGGGUCCAGGCUGUCAAGUCUUCAGCAAACAACGGUGUUGGAUUACACCCUUCGUCUCGUCGUGACCUCACCUUUCUUUCCUCUUGGGUUGGAGAGUACAUAUCGCCCGUGUCCAGCCACCUUGCCUGCUUUGCUGGUGGCAACUGGAUCUUGGGCGGCCUGGUGCUCCAAGACCAGACUUUUAUCGAACUUGGCCUUGAUCUGGUAGAUAGUUGCUUCGAAACCUACAACGCCACUGUUACAGGCAUAGGUCCUGAGGGCUGGACGUGGACAGAAGACGACUUCCUUGACGAGACAAACUUUUACAAAAGAUAUGGCUUUGAUAUUACGAGACCUGCAUACAACCUGCGACCUGAGGUUUUGGAAUCGCUCUACUAUGCCUAUCGCGCAACCGGAGACAGCAAGUAUCAAGAGUGGAGCUGGAGAGCCUUCCAAGCUAUCAACGCCACCUGUCGGAUCGGAUCAGGCUAUUCAGCCAUCACAAACGUCAAUGUCGCUGAUGGGGGUGCUUUCACCAACUUCCAGGAGAGUUUCAUGUUUGCGGAGACAUUCAAGUACGCUUGGCUGGCUCAGGCUGAAGACUCCAAGGUACACGUUGGACAGGGAGAGAAGCAAGAGUGGGUGUUCAGCACAGAGGGACAUCCUUUCAAGGUUCGCACUUCGCAAUAG